CAAAUUGUCAAACGUUUCAACUUUCGAGUUUAUAAAAUUUGAAAAAAUACGUAGCCGUGUAACAAAGUAAAUUAGGGAGAAAAAAAUAUAAUUUUGUACGCUAAAGGAAAGGAAUUGUAUCCACUUUAUUAGAAUGUCGUCUUUACCUAUCGUCUCUAUCACUCGUAGAGAAACUUUUAGUGCCUGCCAUAGGUUACACAGCCCUUUUCUAAGUGAUGAAGAAAAUGCUAAAUUAUACGGAAAAUGUAACAACCCUAAUGGACAUGGACAUAAUUAUGUUGUUUUAGUAACAGUGAAAGGUCCAGUAGACAGCCAAACAGGCAUGGUAAUGAAUAUAUCUGAUCUCAAGAUUUACAUGCGGGAUGCUAUUUCAAUACCCUUAGAUCACAAGAAUCUGGACCAGGAUGUUCCAUACUUCAAAAAUGUGGUAAGCACCACAGAAAACCUAGCUAUAUACAUUUGGGACCAACUUCAGAAGCUAAUGGACAAGCCUGAUCUUCUACAUGAGGUAAAGAUUUUGGAAACCGAAAAAAAUCAUGUGGUAUACCGAGGUGGCUCUACUUACCCUAGAAAAAAAUUUAACUCCUCAACUCUGCACACAAACCACCAAAAUGUUUCUUCGGACUCCGAUUAGUACUAGGACUUUGGCUGAAUUUAUUAAUGAUCUGCAUUGCAUCUGGUAUCAUUCCAAAUUUUUUAUUUUUAUACCUAUAUGGAAUGUACAAAUAAAGCUUAGUUUUAGGUGGAAAAUAUAAAACCAUUGUUUAAACAACAAUAAAAAUUUAUUAUUAAAA